CCGAGACACGCAUGCGCACAAACACCGUCUGCUUGUCAGACUACACUUUCACUUUGUGCACAUAUCGAGCUGUUCGUCUCUGUCUUUUUUUUUACAGCUUUACAGCCUAAACUAUAACAAAAACUCAACAUAACCUUUGUCUUAAAGGUCGUGUUUGAUGGACUGUGAGGUGUGAAGGUAUAGCAGUCGCUUCGGCUCUUUUAUUUUAACACUAAAAGACGCAGACGGACCGUAAACAACAACACGGUUAGCUAACUUUGAAGCAACAAUGUUCUGACAUGUAAAGUGAGCUAAGUGUCGUCUGUAGACUCUGACCUUCUGCACAGCAGACUGUUGCCGAGCUGCUCCAGCAGACCUCACACUAUGACGACUGCACUCAAACAGAGCCAGCAGUGUGGCUCAUGGGAGAUGAAGGAGAGACUUGGAAUGGGAGGCUUUGGGCAUGUCUACCUGUACCAGCAUCUUGAGUCGGGAGAGAAGAUUGCUGUCAAACUGUGCCGCCUGGAGCUGAACCCGAACAAUAAAGACCGCUGGAGCAGAGAGAUUCAGAUCAUGAAGAAGCUGAACCAUGUAAACGUGGUUCAGGCCAGAGAAGUUCCUGAAGAGUUGAGCUCCAUUGCUAUAAAUGACUUACCUCUGUUGGCCAUGGAGUACUGCUCAAGAGGAGACCUACGCAAGGUGCUGAAUAAACCAGAAAAUUGCUGUGGGCUAAAGGAGAGUGAAGUCCUCUCCCUGAUCAGUGACAUUGGUUCUGGUAUCCAGUAUCUCCAUGAAAAUAAGAUCGUUCACAGAGACCUAAAGCCAGAAAAUAUCGUGCUGCAGGAGAUUGAUGGGAAGCUUGUCCAUAAACUCAUAGAUCUGGGUUAUGCAAAAGACCUGGAUCAGGGCAGCCUCUGUACAUCCUUUGUUGGAACUCUUCAGUAUCUGGCUCCAGAGCUGUUUGAGAGUAAACCCUACACUAAAACUGUGGACUACUGGAGCUUUGGGACAGUGAUCUUUGAAUGCACUUGUGGCUUUCGCCCCUUUUUACACCACAUGCAGCCUGUACAGUGGACAAGUAAAGUCAAGAACAAAGGUCCCAAAGACAUCAUGGCAGUGGAGGACAUGAACGGAGAAGUCAGAUUCUCCACACAUCUUCCAUAUCCCAACAAUCUCAGCAGGCCGCUGCUGGAACCAACCGAGUCUCUCCUGCAGAUGUUGUUACUGUGGGACCCUGCAGCACGUGGUGGAGGACUGGAUCCUGAGACAAACAAGCCGUACUGCUACACAGCACUACAGAAUAUUCUCAGCAUGAAGGUGAUUCAUGUGUUGGACAUGACGUCAGCCCAGCUGCACUCGUUAGUUCUGGGUGCUGAGGAGAGUUUACACUCCCUGCAGCUUCGUCUGGAGACGCACACUCAGACGCACAUCUCCCCACUGAGUCAAGAGCUGCUGCUGGAGACGGGAAUCUCCCUCGACCCACGCAGACCGCCCUCACACUGUUUGCCAGAUGGAUUGCAAGGCUGGGAUAGCUCCAUAGUUUUCCUGUUCGAUAAGAGCCUGACCAAGUAUUCUGGACCACUGACUGCUAGACCUUUGCCAGACAGUGUCAACUUUAUCGUUAGGGAGACUAAGACUCAGCUCCCACUGUUUGCACUGAGAAAGGUGUGGGGGGAAGCAGUCAGCUACAUCUGUGGACUGAAGGAGGACUACAUCCGCCUGUACCGGGGACAGAGAGCUGCCAUAUUGAGUCUGCUGCGUUACAACACCAACUUAACACGCUACAAGAACCUGCUGUUCUCCCAGUCACAGCAGCUCCAGGCCAAACUGGCUUUUUUUAAGACCAGCAUCCAGCAUGACCUUGAGCAAUACACCAAGCAGAGACACACCGGCGUCUCUUCAGAAAAAUUGCUCAAGACCUGGCAGGAAAAUGAAGAGAAGGCUGACGGGUUUAUGAAGGUUGCAGAUGUGGGAUAUCUGGAUGAAGAGAUAGUGGCUGUACAUUUUGAAAUUGUGGAGUUGCAGAGGAGUCCAUUUGCGAGGAGACAGGGGGAUGUAAUGGAACAGCUAGAGGUAAAGGCCAUUGAACUCUACAAGCAACUGAAAGCUAAAUGCAAAAGUCCUGACCCUCCACAUGGGUACAGUGACAGCUCUGACAUGGUGAGGACCAUACUCCAGACAGUUCAGAACCAGGACAGGGUGCUGAAAGACCUGUACACUCACCUCAGUACAAUUCUGGUGUGUAAGCGACGCAUUGUUGAUUUGUUCCCUAAGUUGGAGAAGGCAGUAGGGAACAUAAAAACUGCAGAGGCAGCAGUGAUGCAGAUGCAAAUGAAGAGACAGAAAGAGUUCUGGUACCUCCUCAAGAUUGCCUGUGCCCAGAGUAAUUCUCCAUCAGAGUCACUCGUGCAUCAUUCUGCUGACAGUGAAACUGUUCCUCAGUUACUGGAUGAGAAUCAGCGUUAUCUGAGUCAACUGACUUCUCUGCUGCAAGACACCGCCCAGGACAUGGAGCACAGCGUCAUGGAGCAGGACUGGAGCUGGACUCAGUAUGGAGCGGUGAAAGGCCAAAGUCAGAAGCUAUAGAAACCGACCAAAGAUGCAGUGUUAUGAGUUGAAGAUAUAUACUGUAAAAAGUGCCUUAUCAGAGUUACACUAUCUGAAAGGUUUGUGAUUCCAUACUGUGUAAUUUACAUACAUGUAAUGCUGUAAGACAGUGUGUGGAACAGCAUGAUGUGUUAAGCUAUUCUUGUUUUAACUUAAAUGUAUAAUAUUGAAUUUUAAAAGAUGUUUCCAGCUGUAACCAACAUUUUAUUUAUUUCACUGGUAAUUUUGAUUAGAGUGAAUCGUUGCUGCUGAUAAACUUUGCAUGAAGGAAUGUGAAUAAAUUUUAUAAAUGUAUGGCA